AUGUCUGACAUACCCCUGCGAAUCGCUCUUCUAACAGUAAGCGACACACGUGAUCCGAAAAGUGACUUAACAGCUCCGGCCGUCAAGGUCUGUAUACAAGAAAGCUUUUCAAAUGAGCAGAAGGUUGAAUUCCAAUAUGACAUUGUAAGAGAUGAGAAGUCUGACAUCGUUGAAAAGUUGAGGAAUUUCUCCAAAACUGCGGACGUUAUUCUGACUCUGGGGGGCACUGGAUUUGGUUCACGUGAUGUGACUCCUGAGGCCACUUUAGAAGUCAUAGAACGUCGUUGUUCUGGCUUGGAAGUUGCUUUGCACACUCGUUCUUUGGAGGAAACACCUAUGGCUGCCCUGUCAAGAGCUGUAGCGGGCAUAUACGGAAAUACCUUGAUUGUCAACUUUCCCGGAAGCCCGAAAGCUGUUCCUACAUAUUGGAAAGUCUUGAAGCCAAUCCUUCCUCAUGGAGUUAAACUGUUACGAGGCAACGACGUGACUGAAGACCAUGCGAAACUUCAGGGAAAGUAG